AUGAAGCUCAUACUCUCUACCUCGAAUACCAUGUCCGGUGGUCCUUCCGUAAUAAGACGACCCUUCUUCGAGAAAUCAAACACCGAACUCACUUCCUCCCUCCGCGCAAACUUCGCCGCCCACCAACCCUCUCCAACGCCCUCAAAAACAAAUUACGCAACGUGGACCACCAAGACCGACUCAGCCUUAUAUGUACCUACGCAUACACCAUCACCUCUUGCUGAACCCCGAGAAUCAUACGACAUCACGGUCAAACUAUUCUACCUCCCCAACAUACCCACAGACCGGCGCUGCGCACAAACACGGGAAGCGAUAGAGCUCGUGCUGAAGGAAUUGGGUACAUCAUCUAUAGAUCUCCUGAUCGUAAGCUUCCCAGGAAUAACAUUCGACGCCGACGAUGAAGAUUCCGAUCUCGACGAUGACGAUCCGCCUUCGCCCCCAUCUGCAACACAAUCCACCUCUGAGAACACUGCGGGCGACUGUCCCGAGGCCGGGGCACCACCAGAAGACGUAGAAACCAUGGUAACAACAUGGCGCUCGCUCGAGAAACUCCACGCAGAAGGUCUCGUAUCAAAACUUGGAAUUGCGGAAUUCGGCGUCGCGCGCCUGACCAAGUUCCUCGAACAAACAAAGAUAAAACCAAGUGUGAAUCAGAUCAAUGUCAGGGACUGCUGUGUUGUACCCAAACCUUUGAUACUAUACGCUAAGCAACAGCAAAUCGAGCUGCUGACACAUAAUGACUGCACCAACAUCCUACCGCGCGGGACACUACGACAAAUACUUGGAUCAGGUGAAGAAGGUUCGGGUGUGCUGGCAGGAAAUGGAAACGAUGAGGGUCUCAGGGGCGAUGUUGAGCCGCAGUGGGUAGUCAAAUACACCGCCGUUGUCAAAGAUAGGGGUGUUGUGGAAAGCAAAGGCUAUUUCGCUGUAGCAGAGUUGAGGGACUCAUGA